GAAGGAGGGGGCUGGAUCCUGUCCGGCUCGGAAGGGAAGACUCCGCUGAAGCAAGUGACGGAAAACGACUUUCUGGAGGGGAUCGGAGAGAGAAGGAUGCACGGUAACCUGGAGGACGAAGAGGUGUCAGAAUUUAUCUGUUUUCAUCUAAUUUGGAUGUAAUAACCCAUCUCUUUUGGCGAGCAGCAACAUGAUGUCAAAUAGAAGUAAUCCUGCUUACCACAGUCUUAGAACAGGCAGCUAAGAUAAAUAGCUUAUACAGAAAAUUUGUUUCUGGUGUACCACUAACAUCAUUGAUUUGGUGGCGUCUCAUCUCACACAGAUUCCAACAAGAUGUUGGAAGAAUAUGGCCAUAUGCAAAACCAGGUGGAAUUACAAAACACUAGUUUGGGAAAAGAAGUAGUUAUGAAUUCUCUUGAAACUGAUCUCCAGCAUAUAAUGGACAAACUCAGCCAGAAAAAAUACUCAUCAAGUCUGAAAUUAAAAACAAAUGAAGACUACUCUGGUUCUUAUUUAACUCUCUCCCAGCCUCUGGCACCUAAAUUGAGCCCUGCAUCCAGUGUUAAAAGUGUGCCAUCUGUUUCCAAAAUUCAGGGAAUCAAACCUUUGGCUUGUGAGAACUCUUAUCUUUCAGACAAAAAUGCCUCUCUAAAGCAUAUGGGCCCCAUUUCAGGCACAUUCUCAUCAUUAAGUGGGUGCAGCCUUGGAAAGAAAGACUUCGAUGUUUAUGCUACCAGAGAAAAUGAAAAACAGUUUGGACAUCUGAGUAAAUUUCCCUAUUCAAAGUACAGUCAGAAGAAUAAAUCUCAUGAUAGUGUCUAUUUCCCAGGAGCACUGGAUGGGUGGAAAAACUCUGGCUCUCUUCUUACAAUGUGGAAUGGGAAUUCAGGAAAUGAUAUCAUUAUUUCCCCAUUCGGCAGCUCUGGAGCUGCCAGUAUGCCCUCUAGUCCAAAACAAAGCAGGAAAAUGAAUAUACAUGACAUUAUGUCCAUUCAGGCUAGGUCAACUAAACAAAAGGAUUCAGCAAUGGAAGCUCAGGAGCCUAGAACCAGAAAAUAUCCGAGUGGGUCAUUGAGCCACAUGGGAGUUUAUAGUCGGUCAUUGCCCAGGCUUUAUAAAUCAACAGAAAGCCAACUCACACCACUGAGUUUACCACCCAGAAGCUCUUUGGGGAAUUCCAAAAGAAAAAAGACUAUUGAAAAAGACCCUCUACCUCAAAAUAUACUGGAUGCCGACAAUUACCUUCAUUUUUCUUCUUGCACUUCAGGAGUAUUGCCAUACUCAAACUUUCUACCUGAAGUGAAUUCCUAUGUAAAUUCAACUCUCAGUGUUCCUGCAAGCCCCCGGGUAGCUAGGAAAAUGCUUCUGGCAUCUACUUCCUCAUAUGCAUCUGAUGACUUUGAUAGGGUUGGAUUGUCAGGAACAAGCCCUAAUAAUUCAUUUAUUCUCGUUGAUGCCGAGAGAGGGUUUCCUGCAAGAAGAAGAAUUUCCAAUAGCUCUAUGGAGUUUGAUGAAACAGAUUUGGAAAGCCACAGGCAGACUCCUUCCAUGCGAGAGAGAAAGAGCAGCAUUAGUUCUGUUUCUGGAAGAGAAGACCUAAUGGACUACCAUAGGAGGCAAAGAGAAGAAAGGCUGAAAGAACAGGAAAUGGAGAGACUGGAGCGCCAGAGACUAGAGACCAUUCUUAAUCUGUGUGCAGAAUAUUCCAAGCCUGACAAUGAACCUGCCACAGUCACUACCGUAGCGGAUGUUCAGAAAAUUAAUAAAGAACUUGAAAAACUCCAGUUGUCUGAUGAAGAUUCUGUCUUUGAAGACUCUCAGAUAAUAGCAGACUCAAGAUUCAGAGAUCUUUUGCAGCUUCCAGCUGAAGAUUCUGAUUUCUCUGAACUCGGUGAUCUUGGACAAAAUUCUAUGGGUUUCUUUUCCUCAAGAGGAAUCAGAACGAAUAAACAUUUAAAUGGCAACAGGACAAGUUCACCUUUAUCUUCUACUUUCCUGAAGGAUGUCACUGAAUCUCCCUAUCUAAGCAUUAUGUCAAAGUCACCAGAAUGCAUAAACAAUGAACAAAUAACAUCAGAACUUACUCAAAUGGAAGAACAGCGCAUUAUAAUACUAAAUAACCUGGAAGAACUUGAACAAAAGAUCAAAGAUUUAAAUGAUCAGAUGGAUGAAUCCUCCAGAGAGAUGGAUAUGGAAUGUGCUCUGUUGGAAGCAGAGCAGAAAUCUGAAACAGCUGAACUGCUGAAGGAGAAGGAAAUAGUAGAUCAUUUGAACAGGAAGAUAGCAGAGUUGGAGAGAAAUGUCAUUGGUGAAAAGGCCAAGGAAAAAAUAAAGCUUGAUGCUGAGAGGGAAAAACUAGAAAAGCUUCAGGAGCUUUACUCCGAGCAGAAGACUCAGCUUGAUAAUUGCCCCGAGUCCAUGAGGGAACAAUUACAGCAGCAGCUUAACAGGGAUGCAGACUUGUUGGAGGUAGAAAGCAAACAUUUUGAAGAUUUGGAAUUUCAGCAGCUUGAAAAUGAAAGCAGAUUAGAUGAAGAAAAGGAGAAUUUAACACAACAGCUUCUGCGUGAAGUUGCUGAAUAUCAGCGUAGCAUUGUCAGUAGAAAGGAAAAGGUUUCUGCUCUCAAAAAGCAAGCCAGUCACAUUGUACAACAAGCACAAAGAGAACAAGAUCAUUUUGUGAAAGAAAAAAACAAUUUACUAAUGAUGUUGCAGAGGGAGAAAGAAAAUCUUUGCAAUCUGGAAAAGAAGUAUUCCUCUCUAUCUGGAGGGAAAGGAUUUCCUCUGAGUCCCAGCAGUCUAAAAGAGGAUUUUGUGAAUGUAAAUGACAUUAGUGACCCGCAUGGCAAUUCCAUGAAUAUCUCCCCUUCUACUCAGCCCCCCUCUGCUGCUGAUGCUGCUCCCACUGAAUCUUCCACAUCUGGCCUGAUAAGCCAGUCACAAAAUAAAGAGCAUUUCCGAAAUUUGGAAGAGAGAAAGAAACAGCACAAAGAAGGCCUGUACAUGAGUGAUACUUUGCCUCGCAAGAAAACAGCUCCUCCCAUAUCACCUCAUUUCAGUAGUUCUACUCUUGGACGAAGCGUUAAAGGUCACCUGCCACUGGGACAAAGCAGUAGUUGUGGCAACAUACUUCCUCAUUGUUCAGGAUCUAUGACCAAAGAUUUGGAGACAAGGAGAACACAUAAAGGUAAAAGCAAAAAAGGUUAUAAUCAUCAGCACCUCCGUGAGGAUCAAAGCCAGAAGUCUCCUGAAUUCUACAGCAGAACUGCCUCAGAAUCAAAUGUGUAUCUGAAUACCUUUCAUUAUCCUAAUUCUAAUCUGAAAGACCACACCUUUGAUACGCUUAGUUUAGAUAGCUCGGACAGUAUGGAGACAAGUAUAUCUGCCUGUUCCCCAGAUAAUAUUUCCAGUGCCAGUACUGCAAAUGUGGCAAGAAUAGAAGAGAUGGAAAGACUUUUAAAACAAGCUCAUGCUGAGAAGACACGAUUGCUUGAAUCCAGGGAACGAGAAAUGGAAGUUAAAAAAAAGGCACUAGAAGAAGAAAAGCGUCGCAGAGAACAGUUAGAGAAAAGGUUACAAGAAGAAACUAGUCAUCGACAAAAACUAAUUGAAAAAGAAGUCAAGAUACGUGAAAAGCAGAGAAGCCAGUCUCGUCCCCUGACCCGUUAUUUGCCAGUCAGAAAGGAAGAUUUUGAUCUGCGUGGCCACAUAGAGACAGCUGGUCAUAAUAUAGAGACUUGUUACCAUGUCUCACUCACUGAGAAGACUUGCCGAGGCUUUCUUGUUAAGAUGGGAGGGAAAAUUAAAACCUGGAAAAAACGAUGGUUUGUGUUUGAUAGAAACAAGAGAACAUUUUCUUAUUAUGCAGACAAACAUGAAACUAAAUUAAAAGGAGUAAUUUAUUUCCAAGCCAUUGAAGAAGUCUAUUAUGAUCAUUUAAAGAAUGCUUGCAAGAGUCCUAACCCAUUGCUUACCUUCAGCGUUAAAACUCAUGACAGAAUAUAUUAUAUGGUGGCCCCAUCACCAGAAGCUAUGCGAAUAUGGAUGGAUGUAAUAGUUACAGGAGCAGAAGGUUACACACACUUCAUGUUGUAGUUAAUGUAAAGCAAAGUUUCAACAAUAGGGCAUAAUGCAAUAAUAGCUGUGUUUGUGAGGGUGGAAAGCCAUAUAUGGUCAUAUUUGACAAGUCAUAUGUAUAAAAUUCUAUUACUAGACCUAAUCUUAUAUCUCAAAAGGAAAUGCAUCAUAUGUAAGGCAACAUGAAAUUCUGGUGAGAUUGACUUUAUUUUGUUAUGUAUUAGAUUCAUUAGAUGUUGACACAACAGACAAAAUCCCCUCUAAAAGAUCAGAACCCUUCAAAAAUGAAUAACCGGAUAUUCAUAAGCCAAUUUCUGUGGCAUUUUCUUACAAGUUCUACCAGGCAAAACUUUCCUUAUGGAAAAAAUGCCAUUAAGUUAACAGUGUUGCUAUGCUUUUAAGUAUAGUAUUUUGUAUUAUGAAAGUGAGAAAGAAAGAUACGAUGCCUCUAUAUUUAAUGUACAGGGUUUAUGAACAAUUUUUUUGUUUUUUUCCUUCCAAGUAUUUUAUAGCAAAUUUUAAACUACUGUUUGCAGUGUUUUUUGUCUUAAAACACAACCAAAGAUUCAUACCCCCGUGUGUUGAGAUUUAAUUGUAUGUAAUAGAACCGUUUUUAAAUUCUUUUAUAUAUGCUAGUGUUUUAAAAUUUAUCUGUAUCUUUGAAAUGUUGGAUGUUAUUUUGAAUGUUAACAAAAAUGAUAUCUUUAGGUAUUUUAGCUUUUUUUUUAGAGGAUAGAAAUCAGAUAAAAAUCUAUAGUGAGCAAUCAUGUCUGUAUUUCUACUGAGGCUGUUGCUUAUUUUCUUAGCAAAUUACAACUUCUUUACAAGAGUAUUCCUUCACCAGUUACAGCGUAGUAGAAUUAAGAACCAUAAUUAAAAAGUCAUAACCAUGUAAGCACCUCCCCAAAUAACAUAUUUUUGUGCAUAAAAUGACAAGUCUUUGGAACAAGUAUUCACAACUUUUCCAUAUGAAAUAAAUGAUUGUAGUUAUAUUUGAAUGUAGUUUAAUAUUCUCCCAACCUAAAUUGGUUUAUAAACUAGAAUGAAGAAUUUCUUAGGAUAUACCAUUCUUAAGAUCAGUCAUGAAGAAAAGUCUUCAAAUCUUUCCUGAAUUAUAUUUCCAUUGAUGACGAAGCAUUUCUUUUUGGCACACAGACAUAUUUUGCAGCUAGUUUGAUAGGUGUCUGAAUAGAAGCCAGGAAAACUUACUUUGCAUCAUAAACAAAAUUGCAACAGUUCCAUUACACAUUCAUUUUACUGCUAUACUUCAGAUUUCAUAUUCUAGAUCACUCUUUAUGUUGUAACAUAAAAAAUUGUUUCACAAAUGUACUAAAGAAACUAUCACAAUAUUUAUCUUGAAUAAAGUGCAGUACAGUCCUUUCUGUUCCUUAUUAUGUCUGAAGAAAUGAUAUGGGACCAUAACUCAGUAACAGAGCCAUAUGCAUUAUGCAGAUACUUCCAGGAUUAAGCUCAGGCACCUCUGAUCAAAAAAUUAUUUGAUAGUCAGUAUGAUCUUGAGAUCUUACCAAACUGCUCUCAGAGAGAAUACUGGGCUAAAUCAUUAAGUCUUACGGUUUCCAGACUCCAUGGGUCAAUUAAUUGAUGGUCUGAAAUCUAUAUCUAGCACUUGCCAUAUCAUUUUUUUUUAAAUGCAUUCAAGGGAUCACCAUGUUAUGUUCUUAAAAUUAUAUAUUCCUUAAAGAUCAUUUCAUUUAAAAUAAACUUAUGGUCUUUAACUACUCUAUUUAGAGGAAGUUUGGAUUUUGAAUCAUGCUUGUAUUUGAUGUUGCCUUUUAAUAUUUUGAUCUUAUAUAUGCCAUAUUUUCAGUGCACUAAACUAAAAAUCUUAAAUCUCCUUAAGGAAAUUAUAAAUAAGCCACUUUCAGAAAUAGUUAUUGAAAUAUACUGAAUUUAGUAUAGUAUGUGAUGCCAAGUAGCAUGAUUACAGUAGUUUGGAGAUGCCACAUAUCUUCAGAUGCAUUUACAUGAAAAAUCACAUAAAAACUUGCAUUUAAAUUGUUGAAUCAGGGCUUAAAGUUGUUUUUCUUUUAAUUCAAUGCAAAUAAAUAAAGAAGUAUUAAACUUUAAUUGUAUAUACACUCUGCAAUAUAUGUUAUUUAACGUACUGGUAUUUACUCGUGUUUUUGUUCACCAUAGAAAAAGGCAUUACGUUUAAUUCAGACUUAAUCAUAUUAAAGUAAGCCCACUGAAAUUUAUCAAAAUUAAGUUUGUAUCAAUAACAACAUGAAUUGCUUCCAGAAUUUUGUUCUAGACACAAUUCAUCUAGAUCCAUCCCAGUUUAAAAAAAAAAAAUAGUAAAGCAAAUGAAAAACUUAAUUUGUGUCUUCUGAAGGAAAAGGAGUUUGAAAAUUGUGCUUCACCAAUGUUAGAAGAUAAAUUCCAGAAUUUAAUGCCAUUGGUUUCACUGUUUCUAAUGAAUAUUUUAAUUUUACUUCUAUAUAAAUUUUACAGGUUUUCUAUUUUUUUGUAUCUUGCAUGUUGUAAUGGCAGCAUUUAAAUAAAUGUUAAAAACAUU